ACAAAGCAAAAAAACCUGAAGCUAUUUUCAAAGUUGCUGAAGCGAUGGAAAACCCGGUUCGAGUCAGCUUCCAUUGGAUUUUCCCGGUCUUCCCAAAAUACGAAUCCGUACAAUGAUUUCCAAAAGCACCGAAAAGUGGCAAAGGAUUGCAUGCGUCACACAACGUGAGCUCGUGAGCGCCAAAUGUCUGCUGUCAUACCACUAUCGAGGACGGGUCUGUUGACGUGUAAUCUCGGUACGGUACGGGCAAGCACGGCUUCGACUUUUCUUCCCAUCUACCACACACCGGCGUUCCAUUACGAACGUUACGUCGAAAUGUCACCGGGCUUCGUAAAGCUUCUCUCCGUUUCCGUCGGAAUCAUCGAGCACGAUAUCAUGUCAUACAUCCUCGCAAGACUCGGACGGACGCGUAUCGAUAUCGUCAGAGCACAAAAUGGGGGAAAAGUGAUCUGGAAGCAGCGUUACUUGACAGCUGAUGCUGCGUGUCCGGUUGAGAAGAUGCUGGCAUCAAAAUUCGCCACCAAAAGAGCUGGAGGAAAAGUUCUAUUUUUUUUUGCGCUUCAUUUGAAUGGAAAUCCAUACAUGAAUGAUAGUGAAAGAAUUUCUUUGCGAUGA